CAGGUGGGCAAUCAUUAUUCUUCGUUUUUUGACGGUUUAUAGAGAAUAAGAAGAUAAAAAUGGGAUAAACAUACAACAGCACAAACAAUACAGCCAUCAAAAUGGAGUUUGAAAUGAACGCAUUUCAUGGAUUUCCCGGACAUGUAAGCAGGGAUCACAGCUUACCCAAACGCACUAUGUCAUUAAAUGUGCGGCGACUUCAGGACUCUCUUACAACAUUUCUCAAUGAUCGGGAACGUUCAGAUCUCGUUGAAGCACUCAGUGAUUUUCACGAAAAUCGGAAUAUGUAUGGUUUUGCUCGGGAUCUCAAAAUUAUUUUGGAUACACCUGCAAAAAGACAGAUUUUACCAUUACUCAGAAAGGUUAUUCCAAGAUCCGAUCAACAAAGUUACGAUCAGUAUGUACAUGGUCAUAAUAUUCAACUUGGUAUAGCAAUACAUAAAGAAAGUGGAUAUUCAACUUUUCAUGGAUUACCACGAGGAGUCACUACAUUGGUGCAGAGGUCACCAAGCAGGGCAACCAUCCUCAAUUCUCGUGCUUCAAACUCUCUUUCCCCAAGCCCUAGAUCUCAACAUACUUCACUAUCGCAGCACUCCGAUCCAUCACUAGGGUUACAUAAGCAUAUCUCACCAUAUGAGGAAUAUAACGAUAUAAGAAAAGUUGAACUCGCACCUUCAAGAGACCCUAACAUUGGAUUUGGAUUUUCAAUUCGAGGUGGGGCUGAACAUGGCAUGGGCAUUUAUAUCUCAAUAGUUGAACCCCUGUCCCAAGCUGAGCAACAAGGUCUUUCCCCUGGAGAUCAGAUCCUCAGUGUCAAUGAUAUAGAGUUCAGUAAAAUAACACACUCGGAAGCAGCAAAGAUUAUAAAAGCAGCAUUAAGAUUAGAGCUUCAAGUGCGGAACAUCGGGCGGGUCCCGGGAUCUUCCGAGACUCAUCAGACCUACAAAUGGGUUGACCCACAGGGAAGAGCAACAUCCCCACCCCCUGAAGUAGAUGGGACUGGCAGGUACGAGGUGGCGGGAGACCCGACGAGUGGACGACAUAUACUGCUGAAGGAAAGUGAUGAAAGAAAGGUGAAUGUAGUGGUUAGUAAAGGAGGCAAUCUGGGUCUAAUGAUACGGGGAGGAAGUGAGUUUGGACUGGGGAUAUAUAUAACAGGGGUUACCCCUUACUCUGUAUCGGACCACGCAGGACUGAAAGUCGGGGACCAGAUCCUAGAUAUCAACGGUCACACCUUCUUAGACAUCACUCAUGCAGAGGCGGUGCAGAUUAUCAAAUCAUCCAAGCGUAUGGUUGUCACUCUGAAGGAUGUCCGCAAACUGCCUCAUUCGCGUAUGUUAUCUGACAAACCACAAUGGAUUAUGGGUAGCGGAAGUGAGCAGUCCACACCGAGUUUAAAAAACAAACAGAUUCAUAGUGAUACUAAAUUUAACCUCACUAGCUCACCACUGGAUAGUAGUAUGCGAAGCUCCAAAUCAGAACCCAUUUUCCAAAAGGGAGCAGGUUCGCAGUUAAUGUUAAACAGCUCUAUGAGUGGUCAACACUGGGGGAUGAUCCAGGAGCAGGCUAGGUUGUUGCUAAAUGAGAACGAGAAAGGAACAAUGAAUUAUUAUGUGACAGAGUAUCAAAAGGGACUUAUUCCUGUAGAAGGGAUUGUUAUGGCGCUAUUAGAGUUACUCAAUACACAUGCUAAAUUUACACUCCUCUCAGAAAUCCGAAGCAUAAUCCUACCCCGAGACAUUGACAAGUUUGACAGUAUGGUCCUCAAGCGAGAAGUUGCGGCCAUGAAGGGAAAGAAUCCAGCUCCCCCUAUUGGUGAUAGAAUGUCGGAGAAUUCACUUGACAGUUCCCUCUCUACUAACAGCCUGAGUAGUAGCUCAGUAAUGGAUUCAAUAGAAUAUAUACCUCCCCCUCCCAUCCUGGUGGCAGCCCCCUCAAUACCAACCAACAUUUCACCAAGCAAGUUUAAAGAUGAAGAUGAUGGCGACCCUCUAUUGCUUGCCAUCCAGCAGAUUAAUGACGACUCAGAGGGCCUCCCAGAAUACAUAAAAGAUGAUGUGCUUGAUCCUAUAGCCCCUCCUCGCAUCAAAAAACGCUCAAAACUUCAGAUGCAACAAAAUUUAAAAACAACGAAAAAAUCAUCGAUAGAAAAGCCAAAAAUUCCACCUCCCCCACCCCCUGCUGUAAAAGUGAACCAAAAUGGGGUCAAAACACGGGCGAGAUCUCCAAGAAAUGUUGUUGUUGCUGAGGUGCAUUCUCAGCCAAGAAGUAGCACUGUUAACCAGAGGGCUCAGUAUGAUGAACCGAAAAGUCCAAGUGAAGAUAGUGGUGUAGAAAUGAAUGGACAUUCUAGCGGGGAAAAUAACACUUCCCCACGAGGGAGAAUCACUAUGGAGACAACAAAACACUUUAUGAAAAACAAUACCUCCCAGAAUGCAACACUGCACCAAAAUGGUGGUGCGAAAGAAAAAUCAAAAUUUCUCAGUGAUAAACAUAUUGAUAAAUCGAGUGUGAUACAAACGCCUGGAAGUACACAUACACUACAGUUUAACAUUGAAGCAUUGGAACCACCUGAAGUGAACAAUGGGGGAGUUCAACUGUUGAGACAUUCCCCAAAUAUAUCCCGAACGCCAUCACCCAGAUCUCAUUCUCCAAAUAUUACUCCACCCAAAACAGUGGAAACAACUCGGAAUAUUACUCCACCCAAAACAAUGGAAACUACUCCAAACACUACUCUGCCCAAAAUGAUGGAAGUCACGCCUCCAAAAGUGCAAGCUAAACCAAUAGUGCCACCUAAGACAAUUAACACCAGAGGAGCACUACAAAUGGUACCCCCACAGAUGGUACCACCACCACCCAGGGUACCAUCACCUAGGGCACCUUCCCCAAGGGCACCAUCACCUAGGCCAUCAACUUCUAAGGAUGGAUCAUAUACAAUGUACAGAACUCCAUCUCCCAUUACCAGAACCCCAUCCCCUUUAUCUGUUGAUGUGGAUUAUAAGCAACAGUCUCCUCAUGGUGCCACUUCUCAGCCAGAAGUUCAACAAAAGUAUUCUCCUAGCCCAUCACCAGAUGAUGCCGCUGUUAGAACUCCUUCGGGUCGACGAAUGAAAAGGGUUACAAUAUCUCCAAAACAGCCAAUCACAAUCAACGAUUCAUUUCCCGACUAUGAAUUUCCUGAUGGGACAGAUUCGUCAGUUUCUAUGGCCACAACAGAUCCUGUCAUUCCAAAAUACAGACCUGAACGAAGAAGAAGUAUUGAUAGCAUUACGACAGAAAGUUCUACCAAUUCUGGGACCACAUCUUCAAACAAACUUGAUGAGAAAAGAAAGAAAAAUUUCAGUGAUCCUUUACAUCAUGUGGCCAAGGAACAACAGGGAAGUGUUGAAACCAAGAAGAAAACCAGUGAGACAUUGCUCCAGCUACGUAGACAUUCCCCAAAUGAAGAAAACACUAUGAGAUCUCCCAGGUUCCCUAAUGAAGAUGAGCUGUACUCUAAUGCUAUCAGUGUUACUGUGUUCAAGACAAAGCCAACACUAGGUAUUGCAAUAGAGGGUGGGGCCAACACUAAACAACCUCUACCAAGAAUAAUUAACAUACAGCCCGGAGGAUCAGCCAGCGAAUCAGGAGGCUUGAAAAUGGGUCAUGUGAUCUUGGAGGUGAAUGGGCGAAGAUUAGUAGGACUUGAGCACAAGGAUUGCGCUAGAGCUAUUGCGGAAGCAUUCAAGCAUAAAGAUAAAUCACGUAUGGAUUUAUUAGUAACUGAGUUUGAAUCAUGAUACACUGAGAAGCAGUCGCACUUUAUAAUUGGCCCUAAAUGAUGGAUAUAUAGAUGUUGAUGUUUAUGGUAAAGAAGCUUGUAAUUUUAGUGACAAUUAGUUGUUGGUUUGUUGUU